AAGAGAGUACAAAGAUCAGCUCGCGAGAAAGUUCAGACGUCUCAUUUCGUUUCUAUUAGACGGGCCCUUCGCCCAACCAGACGGAGUCUUGCUCUGCUGCCCAGGCUGGAGUGCAGUAGCGCGAUCUCGGCUCAUUGCAACCUUCGCUCCCCGGGUUUAAGCAAUUCUCCUGCCUCAGCCACUGGAGUAGCUAGGAUUACAGGCGCACGCCACCACGCCAAGCUAAUUUUUUGUAUUCUUAAUAGAGACGGGGGUUUCACCAUGUUGGCCAGGCUGGUCUCGAACUCCUGACCUCAUCAUUUGCCCGCCUCGGCCUCCCAAAGCGCUGGGAUUACAGGCGUGAGCCACCGCGCCCAGCCUCGCCGGGGCCUUUUAAGUGACGUUAAAAAUUGUACAUAAAAUAUGUUUUAGGAUAAUACUUGUUUUUCUUUGACCAAAGGCUUGGCUUCAGAGAAUGUUUAGCCAGAAAUAGAGGGGCGUUAAAUCCCCUUUUAAGUUUUUUCUAAUUUCCAAUCUGAGGAGGAAAAUAACGUAGUAAAGGGACGCAAGAGCAACCUUGCUUCUUCCACAACAAGGCCCAGGCGCCGCCUUGCAACCCGGAAAUGCAGGGUGCAGUGCGGUGGGUAAGGGACCGGCCAACUAUGUUGACCCGACUCAGAGAAACCCCGCCCUUGCCGCCACCGCCCACCCAUAACGUCCUCCUCGACCCUCCCUCGACCAUCCCUCGCCCCGCGGCCCUCACCGAAAGGGGGUGGGCGGUGGAAGAGAGAGGAGUCAAGGGAGCGCACGCGAAGCCCCGCCCCUGCCGUGACGUCUGGAGACGCGACGCGUCGCCUCGCAAUGCAAAUCGGGAAAAGGGGAUGAGCUGGGCUGGCUUCCGUUCUGGUAGCCAAGGCUAAUUCUCCCUCGAGUUCUUGGGAGAUGGGCAUUUGGCGAGAAGGCUGGCGUUAGUGAAGCGCGCCCGGCGUCACGGAAAGAACCACUUGUAAGGAAAUAUAGCAUCCAUUGUGAAAGUGGAAAAGUAAAGGUAAUUCAUCAUGCCUGCUGUGGCUUCAGUUCCUAAAGAACUCUACCUCAGUUCUUCACUAAAAGACCUUAAUAAGAAGACAGAAGUUAAACCAGAGAAAAUAAGCACUAAGAGUUAUGUGCACAGUGCCCUGAAGAUCUUUAAGACAGCAGAAGAAUGCAGAUUAGAUCGUGAUGAGGAAAGGGCCUAUGUACUAUAUAUGAAAUACGUGACUGUUUAUAAUCUUAUCAAAAAAAGACCUGAUUUCAAGCAACAGCAGGAUUAUUUCCAUUCAAUACUUGGACCUGGAAACAUCAAAAAAGCUGUCGAAGAAGCUGAAAGACUCUCUGAAAGCCUUAAAUUAAGAUAUGAAGAAGCUGAAGUCCGGAAAAAACUUGAGGAAAAAGACAGGCAGGAGGAAGCACAGCGGCUACAACAAAAAAGGCAGGAAACAGGAAGAGAGGAUGGUGGCACAUUGGCUAAAGGCUCUUUGGAGAAUGUUUUGGAUUCCAAAGACAAAACCCAAAAGAGCAAUGGUGAAAAGAAUGAAAAAUGUGAGACCAAAGAGAAAGGAGCAAUCACAGCAAAGGAACUAUACACAAUGAUGACGGAUAAAAACAUCAGCUUGAUUAUAAUGGAUGCUCGAAGAAUGCAGGAUUAUCAGGAUUCCUGUAUUUUACAUUCUCUCAGUGUUCCUGAAGAAGCCAUCAGUCCAGGAGUCACUGCUAGUUGGAUUGAAGCACACCUGCCAGAUGAUUCUAAAGACACAUGGAAGAAGAGGGGGAAUGUGGAGUAUGUGGUACUUCUUGACUGGUUUAGUUCUGCCAAAGAUUUACAGAUUGGAACAACUCUCCGGAGUCUGAAAGAUGCACUUUUCAAGUGGGAAAGUAAAACUGUCCUGCGCAAUGAGCCUUUGGUUUUAGAGGGAGGCUAUGAAAACUGGCUCCUUUGUUAUCCCCAGUAUACAACAAAUGCUAAGGUCACUCCACCCCCACGACGCCAGAAUGAAGAGGUGUCUAUCUCAUUGGAUUUUACUUAUCCCUCAUUGGAAGAAUCAAUUCCUUCUAAACCUGCUGCCCAGACGCCACCUGCAUCUAUAGAAGUAGAUGAAAAUAUAGAAUUGAUAAGUGAUCAAAAUGAGAGAAUGGGACCACUGAAUAUAUCAACUCCAGUUGAACCAGUUGCUGCUUCUAAAUCUGAUGUUUCACCCAUAAUUCAGCCAGCGCCUAGUAUAAAGAAUGUUCCACAGAUUGAUCGUACUAAAAAACCAGCAGUCAAAUUGCCUGAAGAGCAUAGAAUAAAAUCUGAAAGUACAAACCAUGAGCAACAAUCUCCUCAGAGUGGAAAAGUUAUUCCUGAUCGUUCCACCAAGCCAGUAGUUUUUUCUCCAACUCUCAUGUUAACAGAUGAAGAAAAGGCUCGUAUUCAUGCAGAAACUGCUCUUCUAAUGGAAAAAAACAAACAACAAAAAGAACUUCGGGAAAGGCAGCAAGAGGAACAGAAAGAGAAACUGAGGAAGGAAGAACAAGAACAAAAAGCCAAAAAGAAACAAGAAGCUGAAGAAAAUGAAAUUACAGAGAAGCAACAAAAAGCAAGAGAAGAAAUGGAGAAGAAAGAAAGUGAACAGGCCAAGAAAGAAGAUAAAGAAACCUCAGCAAAGAGGGGCAAAGAAAUAACAGGAGUAAAAAGACAAAGUAAAAGUGAACAUGAAACUUCUGAUGCCAAGAAAUCUGUAGAAGAUAGGGGGAAAAGGUGUCCAACCCCAGAAAUACAGAAAAAGUCAACAGGAGAUGUGCCCCAUACAUCUGUGACAGGGGAUUCAGGUUCAGGCAAGCCAUUUAAGAUUAAAGGACAACCAGAAAGUGGAAUUCUAAGGACAGGAACUUUUAGAGAGGAUACAGACGAUACCGAAAGAAAUAAAGCUCAACGAGAACCUUUGACAAGAGCACGAAGUGAAGAAAUGGGGAGGAUCGUACCAGGACUGCCUUCAGGCUGGGCCAAGUUUCUUGACCCAAUCACUGGAACCUUUCGUUAUUAUCAUUCACCCACCAACACUGUUCAUAUGUACCCACCGGAAAUGGCUCCUUCAUCUGCACCUCCUUCCACCCCUCCAACUCAUAAAGCCAAGCCACAGAUUCCUGCUGAGCGGGAUAGGGAACCUUCCAAACUGAAGCGCUCCUACUCCUCCCCAGAUAUAACCCAGGCUAUUCAAGAGGAAGAGAAGAGGAAGCCAACAGUAACUCCAGCAGUUAAUCGGGAAAACAAGCCAACAUGUUAUCCUAAAGCUGAGAUCUCAAGGCUUUCUGCUUCUCAGAUUCGGAACCUCAAUCCUGUUUUUGGAGGUUCUGGACCAGCUCUUACUGGACUUCGCAACUUAGGAAAUACUUGUUAUAUGAACUCAAUAUUGCAGUGCCUAUGUAACGCUCCACAUUUGGCUGAUUAUUUCAACCGAAACUGUUAUCAGGAUGAUAUUAACAGGUCAAAUUUGUUGGGGCAUAAAGGUGAAGUGGCAGAAGAAUUUGGUAUAAUCAUGAAAGCCCUGUGGACAGGACAGUAUAGAUAUAUCAGUCCAAAGGACUUUAAAAUCACCAUUGGGAAGAUCAAUGACCAGUUUGCAGGAUACAGUCAGCAAGAUUCACAAGAAUUGCUUCUGUUCCUAAUGGAUGGUCUCCAUGAAGAUCUAAAUAAAGCUGAUAAUCGGAAGAGAUAUAAAGAAGAAAAUAAUGAUCAUCUCGAUGACUUUAAAGCUGCAGAACAUGCCUGGCAGAAACACAAGCAGCUCAAUGAGUCUAUUAUUGUUGCACUUUUUCAGGGUCAAUUCAAAUCUACAGUACAGUGCCUCACAUGUCACAAAAAGUCUAGGACAUUUGAGGCCUUCAUGUAUUUGUCUCUACCACUAGCAUCCACAAGUAAAUGUACAUUACAGGAUUGCCUUAGAUUAUUUUCCAAAGAAGAAAAACUCACAGAUAACAACAGAUUUUACUGCAGUCAUUGCAGAGCUCGACGGGAUUCUCUAAAAAAGAUAGAAAUCUGGAAGUUACCACCUGUGCUUUUAGUGCAUCUGAAACGUUUUUCCUACGAUGGCAGGUGGAAACAAAAAUUACAGACAUCUGUGGACUUCCCGUUAGAAAAUCUUGACUUGUCACAGUAUGUUAUUGGUCCAAAGAACAAUUUGAAGAAAUAUAAUUUGUUUUCUGUUUCAAAUCACUACGGCGGGCUGGAUGGAGGCCACUACACAGCCUAUUGUAAAAAUGCAGCAAGACAACGGUGGUUUAAGUUUGAUGAUCAUGAAGUUUCUGAUAUCUCCGUUUCUUCUGUGAAAUCUUCAGCAGCUUAUAUCCUCUUUUAUACUUCACUGGGACCACGAGUAACUGAUGUAGCCACAUAAGGAGACAUAGGUUAUAAACUAGUUAUCUUUUAAAAGGCUCAGCAACACAACUCUUGAAAUGCUUAUCAAGAUAAUGGUAGCUAUAGCUGGCCAUUUAGAGGAAUUCUAGGACAGUGGGAGCUGUGUUACUAGCACUAUAUAAUUCCGGUCAGUGCUGACAAAUAACAUUUAACAAGUAUUGCAGUAAGCAUCACUUACUUACAGGUACCAUUUAUUUCAAAACAACUUUUUUAGUCUGCUCCAAAGUUAAAAUAAUUAACUAGCUAAGCAUUAUUAUUCGACUGGUCUAAAAACCAUUGUUAUCUUUUUUUUUCCUUUUCACUGUUAUGGCCUUUCCACAUUUCUAAAUCCCAUCUUGAUAUACUAUGAAUACUCUACUCUAGAAUGAUGUAAAGCAGAUAGGAAUGUAUGUGUACAUAUUUAUUGCAUACUUGCACAUCAAAUCGAUGUACAUAGUUUAACACGUGGUCCUUUUGUGAAACCUAGAACUCAGAGGAUUGCUUUUUUUCUUUCAGCCUAUUUUGAGAAACUUCAGUGCUUUCUUAGGGAAAUGACAGGGCAAAGCGAUUUUUCUGUUGGCUUUGGGCUGUAUUUGUGCACUAAAUCUUUAUUCUAAAAAAAAAAUGGAAACUUUAAUUUUUUUAAAACGAGAAUUUCAUUUACAGCUACAUUAAAAUCUUAAUGAGAAAAAUAA